GUUGUUUAGUAAUUUCUCUCACUCGGAUCUAGAUCAUGCAGCCAGCUAAAGCGAACGGCUCGGAUUCCAAGUAUAAAUGGUCGAUACACGUGGAAGUGCGACUACAACCACGCGCAACAGCCCGAUUCGAAACGAUCCGAAAUCGCGUGGAUUUGUGGUUGAAAUCCUUCGAUAGAAUCAACUUGUUCUCUACGCUAUCAGGAUGGGAAGAUGUACCCGAACUUGCCUCGUCGGUCGAAAAGAUCGCAACGUCCGAAUCCCCUUGCCAGAUGCAAUCUCUACCACUGGACGAAAUGAUUCUUCAUAUCCAUAUAUAUCAGCCCUCAGAUGGCGACGCAUAUGAGGAGUUCUCGAAUAAUUCAGGUGGUAGGGAGGAUGGCGAUGACACGAUGGCCGCCAGCGUCACUGAGUUACCGAACAGAAACUGGGAAGGAUUAUGGGAUUCCUUGAUAUACGAGAGUGACGUGAAGACGAAGCUGCUGGAUUAUAUUCAUGCAACAUUGGUUCUUAGCGAUGCAGGCGUGGACUUUAACCUUGUAUCCUGGAAUCGAGUCGUUCUACUUCAUGGCCCUCCGGGCACAGGAAAGACAUCCUUGUGCCGUGCUCUCGCCCAGAAAUUAUCAAUUAGGCUUUCAGAACGCUAUUCGCAUGGCAGAUUACUAGAGAUAAACUCGCACUCUCUUUUUUCGAAAUGGUUUUCUGAAUCUGGGAAACUUGUUCAGCGGCUAUUUACAAACAUUACGGAACUUGCCGAUGAAGAAGAGGCCUUUCUGGUCGUGCUUAUAGAUGAAGUAGAGUCUCUAACAGCUGCGCGAGCAGGUGCGAUGGCAGGAACGGAACCUUCGGAUGGUCUACGAGUUGUCAAUGCGCUUCUGACGCAACUAGACAAGCUCAAACAUCGUAAGAAUGUACUCAUCAUGUCGACGAGUAACCUCGUCAAGGCAAUCGAUGGUGCUUUCGUCGAUCGAGCUGAUAUUGUUCAGUAUAUUGACUUGCCUCCUCGCGAAGCGGUUUACGAAAUCCUUAGAAGUUGCCUCGUCGAAAUGGCUAGCAAGGGUAUUCUUAUUGGCGUGGCAGUUCCCCCGCUUCAGAAAGCGUUAAUGUAUGAGCGGACGGCACCAACGGGUCAACGCACCGUCGGUAUCAUGACCACAAGUGACCCUCACGAGAGAUCAAAGCUCGUUGGGCUGCGUCUACUCGGCCUAGCCACACAAUGUAGAGUGCAAGAGAUGUCAGGUCGUGCCCUUCGGCGGCUCCCAGUACUUGCACUAGCCCGUUACAUUGGUAUUGGGAAGAUCCCGGACAGUUCCGAGGGUAAGCAUACCGCAAACGCGGAUGCUUGGUUUGAUGGAAUGGAAAACAUCGUUCAGCAGCAGGCUCAACAACGAGAUAAAUUGAUGAAUUGAAGAUGCUUGUGCUUUCCUUUUCUGCUCGCUAUUCUCUCGUGUCUUAGUACACCAUUGUACCAUUAACCUCAUCCACUCGCAUUGUAACAGAACCAUCGGUGUAUCAACUAUAAGUAUUCAGAUGACGGGC